AUGCCGAAGAAGAAUCGUCACACUCCUUCAAAACGACAACCCUCCACAAGCUUUACCGAAGAAAAUUGUAGUAACAUUUUGAACGUAACUGAUCCGGACAACUCUAGCGAUCCACCGAACAUUGGUCAUGCCUGUAAUGCUGAUGUGCAUGGGUUCAGCGCGGUUUCCACUGACAAAGAAGCCGUAGCAGAUAUUGCGCUUAACAAUGAAGCUUCUCAAGAGGAAUUAUUAAGCAGCGCAGUUGCAAAUUCUGUGAGAAAUGGCAUUGAGGAUCCUCCGAAAGACGAUAGGCAUUUAAGGUCAUUGGGAAGAGUAAAUCAACUGGCUCUUGUGAGCACAAAAUCUGGUGCAGUUGCUGCAGUGUGUAAUGGCGAAUCGAGUGGAGAUUCGUCAAGCAAUCCAAUUGACCAAGGGGCAUCAAAUACUGAAUUGGAUGAACAGCACACAAUUUCAACCGACACCCAGAACGUAGAACGGGAACUGGUAUCACCGAACUAUUCCGCCUUACCACCAGUGCUAACAGGUGAUUCUAAUGAAAGCGGAUCCUCUCAAGGUGACUGUUCCUUCACACCAGCACUCCAAACCAUCUCCGUUUCCGAGACGAAUAAUGGUUCCAACUCAACCGAUAACGGUGCUGUGGCGGCUGGGGGCUCGACAUCUGAUUGUGAUGAUUUGAAGCAACAGUUAAAUCUAGUGUCUGUUCGAUUGCUCAAGGCCCAAAACCAAAUCGAUCAGCUGUUGGAGGAAAAACGUUCAUGGUUACAGCAGAAUACUUCUUCUGCUCAGCAGUUGGCUGCUCCUGCCUUCGGGCUGGGUGAGUUACGCGGCCGAUGGAUGCAGGCGAAAAAUCAGGCUGAAACGUACAAGAGGGAGAAAGAAGCAAUGGUGAUCAAAUAUGCACAGGUAAAUGUUGGUAUUCAGUACAAUCCAUCGUUGGUAUCUUCCACUGUGAAGGGUCAUUUCGCCUACACCUCUGAGCAAAAGCGUUUGGCGGCCGAAAAUCGAUUACAAGAGUUGGAACGUCGUUUGAGCCAGUCCGGGAACGGGUCGUCAAGCACAACAACGUCUAAGAGUUCUCCGAUAAAGAACGCCAACUUGGCCACGUCCAACGCGGUUGAUCUGCAAACUCGGCUUACACAAACGGAAAAGGCCCUGAAUGCCGCCCGGGACCAAAUCGACACGUUGCGUAAAGGCCAAGCCACCGCAGAGACACGUGUUUCGGCCCUGGAGACCCGUCUUAAUCAGACCCAGGAGGCGCUCAAGACGGAGCAGCGUAAAACCUCGACCCAAAAUGAUACAAUAAACCGGUUAAAUCGGUCUUUGGAGACGGCAAUAAAGCAGGCAAAGGAUGUGGAACGGCUUCGAGAACGCGAGGCUGAGCGCCUGUGUGCGGAAGUCACCUAUCAGGAAACACAAGAGCGAAUGAAACGUGUUCUGAAAGAAAACACGGAUCUGAAAGAGCGCCUAGGCGAAGUGGACGUGCUUCAAAAGCGUCUGGCCGAGACCGAGAACAGAGUGGCGGAGUAA